CAAAUACGCAACGCUGAGAACUGCUGCGAAAAUGCGCGUAGCUGCGAGAAAAACACUAACCGCCAGCUGUCAUUAAUUAAAGCUACAACAGCAUCAAUUACAAAAACAACAACAAGGUAAAUCAUUACAACAACAAUACACGAAAGUGAAACAAGUGAGAAAAAACCGAAAAAAGAUUGGUUGAAAUAAAAUCAGCGCUCGCAGAAAAGUGAAACUGGCGACGGACAAAGGCGAAAACAACAAAACCAUUGCGAUGGCAACAACAAUAAUUGACAUAUUGGAAAGUGAAAGCAACAACAACAAAACAUUCUAGAAUGGCCAGUAAAAAGCAGUGCGUUCGCCUGGCGCCAAAGCACGCAAAUUACGACAACUUUCAUUGCCUGUACGCCCCAAAGUAUGCAAUACCGCGAGCAGUUAUGCAAAAUAAAUAACGGUAUGCAAUGAGGAAAAGCGAAAAAUGAGGAAAUGUGGAAAUCAAGUGUCGUGUCAAAAUGGUAUUAAAAUGGAGUAAAAGUCAGAAAUUCUUCGCCAUCGCCACCUUCGCCGCCAUCUUGGCCUGCGCUUGCGCUGAUGUCUCUGAGUUGGGUUACGCUUACAGCCAACCUGCUGCUAGCGCUCCCGUGAACUCAUACAUCCCACCAGCUGCCAAUGUCCCCAUUCCAUCAUUCGCCCCUGCCCCAGCACCAGUAUACCACCCAGCACCUGCUCCAGUCCACCACCACCACGUUCCUGCUGCCGCUGCUCCAGCUCCAGUCUAUGCCCCUGCUCCAGUCUACCACCCUGCGCCAUCUGCUCCCGUGUCGUCGUACAUCCCACCAGCUGCUACUGCCCCUGAGCCAGUCUUUGCUCCAGCUCCAGCUCCACACUAUCACCCAGAACCCGCUGCAGCUGCUCCUGCCCCAGUUUAUGCUCCAGCUCCAGCUCCAGUCUACCACCCAGCACCUGCUGCCGCUGCUCCAGCUCCAGUCUAUGCUCCAGCCCCAGUCUAUGCUCCAGAGCCAGUUUAUCAACAAGCUGCUUCUGAGACUUACGAACAACCUGCUGAAGAUGGUUACCGUUACCGCACUGUCCGUCGUCGUGUGCUCAAACACCGUCGUUUCUAAACGCAGUCUUUUGUUGUACUAGAGCUUUAAAGCUUAGCAAACGAAAAGUGGACAAAUGAGAGGCUUUCGUGGCGAAUUCGUUUUUUUAAUUCGUUUGACAUUUGCUGUUAACUAUAUUUUCGAAAAUAAAUGUUUUUAUUAAAAAAAGAAAA